AUGGGUGAUCAGACAACUUAUGUUAACAAAGGCCCAGUGGUGUCUCACGUGUUUCUGACAGCCGCAGAGCACAGCGUGUCGGUGACAGCCCAGAAUCGAGUGGGGAGCGUGACCGGCAGUGCCAGCGUCUCUGUGCUUUACCGCAUGCAGCCUGUGAGGAUCCACACAGACAAACAGGUGUAUGCUACAGGCACGGAUAUCACAUUCCUGGCUGUGACCGAGGAGCCAGGCCCGCUGGAGUUUCUGUGGCACUUUGGGGACAGGCUCCCACAGAGAUCCACCUCCAGGACCAUCACUAAGAGAUACUACGUCCCUGGCAGGUACAAUGUCAUCCUCAAUGCCUCUAAUGGACUGGGCUCCUUCACCUCGGACAUAUAUCCAAUAGUAAUCCAGAGAGAGGUCAAGGUCAACAGGCUUCAGUUCUACACAUCAGUGCUGCUGAACGCCAGUGUGAACUUUGACUGCAGGAUUAACGCUGGCACCAAUGUCCGCUAUCACUGGAGCUUUGGAGACGGCACCUACAGAAUAGGAAGUAACACUGAACAGCACGUCUUCCACAGAACGGGUGAAUUCACAGUGCAAGUGACCGUGUCCAACCUGGUCAGCUCUGCCUCCCUGAUGGGACAGAUCUUUGUGGUCCGUCAGCCCUGCCAGCCUCCUCCAGUCAAAAACAUGGGUCCCCUCAAAUUACAGGUGCGGCGCUACCAGACCUUGCGGCUGGGAGUGACCUACGAAGCAGACAUCCAGUGCAACAUAUCCCAGGGUCUCCUCUACAGCUGGGCCGUCUAUGAGUCUGGGGGCCUGCAGGUGCAGCUCCCUCCAAUCGAGGCCCAAAAGCAGAGCAUCGAGCUGCCUAACAACUUCCUGCAUUAUGGCACAUACACAGCUGUAGCCAGGGUUCAAAUCCAAGGCAGCAUUGUGUACAGUAACUACACUGUCCGCAUUGAGGUGGUGCCAAGCCCCCCAGUCAGCCUCAUCUAUGGAGGAACAAACAUCUUCAUCAGUAACAGCAACGGCACCAUUCUCACCCUGAACGGACAAGGAUCACACGACCCAGAUUACCCUCAGAAUAUCCUGAGCUACACGUGGGACUGUGAGCCAGUCAGUGGGAUUCAGAGCCCCUGUUUUGAUGAGCACGUCCCCACCUCCCACGCUGUGCUCAUGUUCCCUGUCAGUUUUCUCAAGCCCAGUUUCGACCAGUUCCAGUUCAGGCUCACAGUGCGGAGCGGAGAUCGAGCUGCCGUGUCUGAGGUGUUUGUCACCAUCUCGCCCAGUCUGAUCGGGAAUGUAAAUGUAUAUUGCUACCAGUGCCUAGGGAGCACAGUGAAUUGGAAUGAGCAGUUUUCUGUCAAAGCGCAAUGUGAAAACUGUGGCGUUUCCUCAGGAAACAUUUUCUACACCUGGAAGCUCUACCUGGUGAAUGCCUCUAGUAAAGUAGUUGUUGAUGUUCCUUUCUGCAAUAGUGUGGAUCUGAGUCUUCCUUCCAGGCUCGUCUCUGUGCUACCACCAGCAGCCACUCUACCCACUCAGACAACAUCUGGAGCUCUGCCAACAGGUCUUUCCCUCAGCACCACUCCUGUGCCAUUACCAGACAACUUCUCCUCUCCCCAAAUCACACCUGGGCGCUCCACAGUUCCGGCUUUUUCUGAGACGCCUUGGGCAGCAGAGGACCCAGGGUCUCAGUACCACACCACCGUAGUGACAUCGUCAAACACAACCAGUACCAAUGCAAAGCCGUCGCCCACCACAGUGCCGGCUCCGCCCACCACCCCUUUCCUCCCCGUGUUCCCCCCCUUCCCCUUCCCCUUUCCUGAAGAGGACCUGCCUUCGGGUGGUCGCCCUCGACGGGAGAGGUCAGCCGAGCCUCAGAGAGCAGCGACGAGCUCUGAUCAUGCCACCCCUGCUGAGCCUGCACCAGAUUCUGGGCGUCCACCACCUGUACCUGGUGACUACGACAUCCCUGUUCCUCCGUACUACAUCUCAGAGUUCCCUGUGCCCCCGUAUGAUGGGAGCAUUGUCUAUGGUGGCCCUGCCGGUGAAAGUGACUUCCUCUCUGAAUUUCCCUAUGACCCCCUCUUUCCAUCCAUCUUUGAGAGCAGUGAGGUCAUUGGUCGCCCAGUACCCCCUUCGAAUGAGGGUGAUGUUGACUACAGAGGUAAUGCAACAGUGAUCGGAGAAGACGAGGGUGGAGCAUCGGCCAAUCAGACGCUCAGCCUUAACUCGACUGGGGCUGGAUCAGGAAGCUCUAGUGGAGUUGUGCCUCCAGGCUCCAGUGGUGGGUGGGGGCACAACCUGGUAGACCCCAGCAAUCAGCUGCUGCCUCCAGCUAAGAAAACCCUGCUGGACCUGAACAGAGAGCUGAUCGACCCUGAUGUGUUCCAGACCUUCACAUUGACAGGCAUAACUUCACCCAUCAUCUCAUUUAAGCCUUUCGUGUUGAAAACAAAGAGUCUUUACAUGCUGGAGGUGUCUGCAAAUUCACAGGAGACACUCCUGGGGAAGACCCAGUUAUUUUUUUCCACCAAUGAGAUUCCUGAGGGCAUGACCUGCCAGGUGCAGCCAAGCAAGGGCUACGAGAUCCACACAGAUUUCAGCAUAUUCUGCACCUCCGGAAAAGAGGACCUGCUGUAUGAGUACAGCUUCAGUGUGGGAAACACCCCAAGGAAGAUCCUGUACCAAGGCCGAGAUUUCCAGUACUACUUCAAUCUUCCAUCUGGAGAUCCAGAUGAUGACUAUAAAGUUAUGAUAUACACCGAAAUACGGAACAGAUUUGGAGCAGCGACCAGACCAUGUCCAGUUAGUGUUAAGGUCCUGCCAAGCUUCCAGAGAAAUCCGUCAUCUGUCUACGACCCCGAAAAGGAACUCUACGUGUAUGGCAUAAGGAACCUCACCAAGCUAAUGCAGAUGGGCAACAGCAUAGAGAUCCGGAACUACAUCAUUCUGCUGACCAGCAUGCUGAAUCGUCUGAGUGGGGACCCUGCUGCCUCCCUUGAGCUGCAGACAGCCACCCGCGGUGCCCUGAUCUCCACGGUCUGCCAGCUGACCAUCAGCGACCAGGCAACAAUGAUUGACAACAUCUACAUGCUUAAAGAGCUUAUGCGUGUCACUACUCAGGUGACAUUUGACAGUGCCCGGCUGGUGACACGACACAUCCGAGUCAUAUCAGCCUGUUUCCAUGAGCCCAAUGUGCCUGUCACAUACUAUCUCGACGAAUGGACGUUGAACUCGUUGGUGCCACUGUUGUCCCAUGCCUUGGAAGCUUCGUUCAGCUCCUCUGAUGAGAGCGUCCAGCUGACCUCAGAUGGCAUCCGCACCGCCACAGAGCUGAUGCUGAAGUAUGUCCUCUUCAGCAAGGCCCUGCAGUACACUGUGAGCACCAGCCUUAUGGAGCUCAAGACCAGCCAGCUCGACAGCCUCCAGACCAUGGUCGACAGUGUCGGCUCAACCACCUUCUACCUCCCUGACGCCUUGGGCUCGUAUAUUGACGGGCGUAGCACUGACCCCCACGGACCCUGUGUUAUCAGUCAGCUGACACUCUUUAAGCAGAACCCCUACUUCUGGGCCAAGGCACCUGUCCAGAUAAAUGGGGACAUAGCUGGCCUGACGCUGUACAACUGCAGCACCAGGAGAGAGAUGAAAGUGUACUCUCUUUCCACACCGGUCAACAUCGAGUUCCAGAAGAGGGCCAGCAAUGUAAGCGGUGCCUCGGAUCUCUCCCUGCUGCGCAGCGAGAUGAUCAUUCACCGGUUCAAUGUGUCACCAGAGAACCUACAGGAGAUGCUGCAGAUCACCGUGGAGUUCACCCAGCCUGCUAGUUUUCCCAUCAUGUUCCUCUUCAGAAUGUUUGAGAGACCAACUCCCAGCUUGUACAACAUUAAGAAGAUCCAUCGCUGGGAGGGAAACACUGUCCAUAUUUUCCUGCCACCCUCCACUUUGACUGGAGCUGGUACUGGCUACUUGGCAAUUCUGAAUGCAGACUACAACAGAAAUCCUCGCAAUAAGUACGUUGCCAGAGCGGUGAAUUACACCAUGAGGAUUGAGUCCACACGAUGCCUGUCCUGGGAUGGUGUGAGGGAGUGGAGAGCUGGUGGCUGCACCCCUACGCAGGGGCUCUCCCCUGAUAAAGUCAACUGCAGCCUUGUCGAUAACCUGACGCUGUGCAUCGUCAUAGCCAUCUCUCUUGCGGUCUACCUCCUGGUGAUGGUUGUGUGUAAGCUGGCUGAUAUCCGGGGGGAGGAGAAGGCGGGUUUGGUCCUAUUGCAGGACAAUAGCCCAUUGGACCGGCAGCUCUACGCUGUCACCAUCGACACAGGCUUCCGCUCCAGACCAGCCAUGACAGCGAAGGUGCACAUCGUGCUACACGGUGACGAUGGAGUCUCUCAGACCAGAGAGCUCAAUUUCCCUGACAACCUCCCAUUCGAGAGGAACUCCAGGCGGACGUUCAUCCUCAGCACCCCAGAGAGCCUGGGCCCCAUCUGGAAGGUGCACCUCUGGCAUGACAACAGCGGCUGCUCCCCAAGCUGGUACAUCAGCUACGUGCUGGUGAAGGACCUGGUGAGAGGCAGCAGCUGGUUCUUCCCUGGGGAGUGCUGGCUGGCUGUGGACGAAGGCGACGGGAGGGUGGAGAGGGAGCUCACCCCCCUCACCCGGGGCCUGGGGUUUAUGAAGUUGCUGUACUCAAAGCUGACAGAGUACCUGGAGGACUUCCACCUGUGGGCGUCGGUGUACAGCCGCCCCUCCCACAGCGGGUUCACCCACGUCCAGCGUCUGAGCGUGUGCCUGCUCCUCCUGGAGGGGUACAUGUGUGCCAACACCGUGGUCCUCUCUCGGCAGGACGACCAGUACACCGCAGAGCUGGGCCUCAUCGACGUCUCUGCCGUCUCCCUGGCGACGGGGAUCCUCAGCACGCUGGCGGUGCUGCCGGUGGGGGGUCUGGUGUCCCUGCUGUUCCGCCUGAGCAAGAGAGGGGUGCUGGCCUGGUGCCCCCCCAGCAGGGAGUCUGUACCCUACGGCGAGCACCAUGGAAAGAAAGCGGGGCGGAGCGACUCUGAUCGCGGCUCCAGCGGCUUCGAGGAUGGCAGUUACAGUAAUAACAGCAAACUCCUGGGCGCGGACUUCAAACAGAGCCAGUGUGACUUCCAGUCCAGCAGCACAGGAGAGCACGGCUGUGUACUGGAGCAGCAGGAGUUUGGGAGCGUCACGCUGCCCUCGUGGUGUCGCUGUGUCGCCUGGGGUCUGUGCUUGUCACUGUCCCUCAGCUGCGCUGUGCUUACCGCUGUCCUGGGAACAGAGUUCAGCACCACUAAGAGUCUGCUGUGGAUCCACUCACUGUUCUUCUCCCUGCUGUGCUGUGCAUUUGUGGUUCAGCCUGCUCUGAUCCUCAUCAUUGCCGCAGUAGUGUCCUUGUGGUACAGGGAGAGCUGUGACUUCUGCAGCAGCUCUAAUGAGACUGAACCUGUGGGGGAGAAGCUGAAGCUCUGGAGCCAAAAUGGAGGCAGCCUGUCUGAAACCUACCAGCACAGUCCCUACCAUCACGUCCAGCACGAAUAUUCACACUUGGACAGGGUGUUAGCGGCCCGUCAGAGAGCCCGCCACCUGCGCCUGACCCGCCCACCUACACGGGCAGAGCUUAGGAGUGUCCGGGACCAGAUGAGGAAGGAGGGGCUCAUUCGCAAAACCCUCAGGGAGGCCACGUUUUACAUUGUCAUGUUGUGCCUGCUCCUGUCCGUCACCUAUGGAAAAUCAUCAAAAAGUCAGUACCAGCUGAAUCAGGCUGUCAGAACUGAGUUUACCAGACACCCACGCAGUGCUUUUCAAGACAUAAAAACCCAUGAAGACUGGUGGAACUGGGCUUCAACCACUUUAUUGGAUGGCCUGUAUGGAGACAUGUGGUACAACAAGGUUUCAGCUAGAAACAAGGUGCCCAGCCCCUUUGAAGGCCUGCUCCCUGCCUGUCUCCCUGCCUACAGCCCCUCGAACGGAGACGGGGGCCAGUCGGGCUCUGUCACUGGCUCCGCUGUCACACGCAUGCACCGCUACUGCGGACACGUCGCCUGCUAUGGGGAAACAGGGACCCGAGUCAGUCUGGGAUCAACAAGUUCUCUCAAGAAGAGAGCACUCAUCACUUUCAUUCGCCCGCUCAGGUCUGCAGCUUCAGCUCGGCUCCAGGAGCUUAGGGGUGGGGGGUGGCUGGACCGCCGCACCCGCACGGUGCUGGCCCAGUUUACCCUCUACAACCCCCCCACAAACCUGUUCACCACCGUCUCCCUCAUGGCCGAGCAGCCCGCCACGGGGGGCCUGCUGCCUUCGGCCUUUAUCCAGUCCGUCAGGGUGUACCAAACCGCCAGCACACUUGAUUACAUCAUCAUGGCCUGCGAGCUCCUCUUCCUGCUGUUCACACUGCUUCAGUUGUAUUUCCAAAUAUGUGCCAUGAGUCAGAAGGGACUGCUAUCUUAUUGGCGGGACACUUGUAACUGGCUGGAGGUCACCAUCAUCAUCAUUAGCCUCCUGUACUACGUGUACUAUGUGUACCACUUCGUUCUGACUGUGGAGAUUAUUGACCAUUUGCAGAGGGAGAAUUUCAAAGCAUUUGUGGAUUUGAGUUUCUUCUCAUCUUGGGAACAGCUGACACAUUGCCUGCAUGGCGUGAUAGUCUUUCUGUUCCUGGUGAAAUCUGUCUUCAUUCUUCAGACGAAUAUAGUAAUGGCUCCCUCUGUCACACUACUGAAGCUCUCCCUCUCCAAACUCUGGUGGCCUUUGGUGACAGGUGUCAUCCUCAUGGUGGCCUUCUCCUGCCUGGGGAACCUGCUCUUCCAGUCCACCUGUCACCCCUUCAGCAGCAUGCCCAGGUCCUUCCAGACGGUCAUCAAGCAAGGCGUGGGGGUCAUCCGGCUGAAGACCCUGUCCGCACUCUACCAGUCCAAUGAUAUCUCCAUCUUUGUCUUCUCCGGAUCUUUCUUCUUCAUUGUGACAAUUGUCUGGACGGCACUGAUUAUUGGGAUUCUCACCCCUCUAGCAAAAACUGCAAGGAAUACCACAAGGAGAAAGUACCUUGUGACCUUUUCCGAGGUGGUAGCUUACAUUCAAGAUAGGCUUCUUGUGCUCCUUGGAAGGCGUGGUCCAAGGUGGAUAGAUAACCAUGCCCAGAGAAGUAACUUCUACCUGGAGGAGUUUGAGAACCUUGUGGAUGAACUUCUGUUCCGGCUCAAUGCCCUCUCAAACAGCCUGCACCACACGCUCCCAAACAAAGAGCAGAGCUACAGGGAGGACAAGAGCCCACCCAUGUCCCUGGCAGACUACACCUGCAGCCUGCACUCAGAGAACACAGCUGCUGGUGAAGAUGGUAUGAGGAAAAAGACAUCUAAAAUUGAGGGGAUGCUAUUCAGAAAUACUUCUGACUUGUACAAUCUAUUUCUGUGCUCUCAGGAAGACUUACAUGAUCAAAACUUUUUGAGUUCAAAACUUGAGUUGGAGACAUUAAAACAUCUGCAGCAGAACCUGAAUAAAAGCCCAGCUUCGGAUGGGUUUGAGGGGUCCUGCAGUCCAGAGCGCUCUGAGGGGCCUGAGAAGGAGGCCACAGAGGGCUCCUUAGAGCUCUCAGCUGCUCUGCCGGGCAGUGUCGAGCUGUCCUACUCCUCCGCCUCAGACACUCCUGCGUACUGCUCCUCGUUCCGCUCAGACUGCUACGACCUGCUGCAGCCUGGGGGUGUCCCGCCUCACGCCCUGCGUGGAAUGAGGUGUCCCGAAAUACAGGGAGGUCAACCUGGGAGUCAGGACAGUCGGAUGAGGGACUCGACGGCAAACCUGUGGGCUAAGAACCGCAAGGUGCUCAGACGAUCACACACCGCUGUUAUUCAGCCCCUGAGGGGAAGCAUUAGCAGGGCCUGGGAAGGAGCCCUCAGCCAGGGGAGCACAGCAGCCCUGUCCUCUCUCUCUGUGCAAAGCCACCGCUCCCAUCAUUGGACACUGCUACAAAGACAGAGGCUUCCUAACACUGGCCAAUAGACAGAAUACAACAGAGAAUGGGAUGAUUCUCAUCAAGUAUGAACCACAGGAGAGCGCAUCUUGCAACCUAGGGGUUCAGAAUAUGUUGGUGACCUCAGCCUCUCAAUAGUCAAUUUUCUGUAUGGCUGUUGGGUACCUUUCUUCUGGUUUGUAAAACUGUAAAGAAUGACAGUGUCUUCCUCAUAGGUACAUAUAUAUCACACACAUUGUUAACAAGCUCCACAUGUCUAGCUUGAUGGUCACGUGACAGAGAAAUGUAAUUUAAGGAGAACUGUUCUAUAUCUUCUGCUACUAAUUCUUGCACACCUACCUCUUUUAGUCAAA